AUGGAAGACAAGGUCUACCAAGAAUCGAACAGUGCACUGGACACUUUAAGUAGUGUUUGGGAAGCAACACUUGAUUUAUUACGCGUUAUCACAGAAGCAUCAAGCAAUUCGAUGCGAUCAGAACCCAACUUGAUGCAACUACAAAAACACCGCAAGAGUUUAGACGCGCUAUUGGACCAACUCAAGACGCAAUCAACCUGGCUACAAGAGAACAAAGACAAAGCAAAUCGAACAGAAGCAGUGGAGUCGAAUCCGGGACUUGACCAAGCAUUACAGGAACAACGCGAACUACGCCAGGAAUCGAUUCAACUCUCAGAUCAGCUCAAACAAUUGUUAAGUCAAUCAUAUGCGCUUCAGUUUCAAAUGGAUAUGCUUCUUGCUUCCUGUCACGAUCAUCCUCUUGUAAAUAAUCAUUAA